AUGUCUGAUCGCAAGGCAGUGAUUAAAAACGCUGACAUGUCUGAGGAGAUGCAGCAAGAUGCUGUUGAUUGUGCUACCCAAGCACUUGAAAAGUACAAUAUUGAAAAGGACAUUGCUGCAUAUAUAAAGAAAGAAUUCGACAAAAAAUAUAAUCCAACUUGGCAUUGUAUUGUUGGCCGCAAUUUUGGAAGUUAUGUUACACAUGAAACGAGGCACUUCAUAUACUUCUAUCUGGGCCAGGUGGCCAUACUGCUAUUCAAGAGCGGUUAA